ACCAGCUUUCCUUCUAUAGGGAGGGGCUGCCAGGGCUCUGCUUCUGUUUUGCUUUGGGUGCUGCAGCCAUGGGCUGGGGCUACAGAGAUUUGGGGGGGUUAGCAAUCUUGGUGAUUCUGGGGCUGUGCCAAGGGCAAGGUGACUUUUGGAGGGUGGGCUCCUUACCCUCACCAUACCGUUACAGCUGUGGGGAGUACAGCAUGCAGCUGCUUGUGUUUCCUAGCCCAGGCCGAGAUGUCCGCUUCAAAGUUGUGGAUGAGUUUGGGACAGCUUUUGAAGUUUCAAAUUGCUCAAUCUGCCUCCACUGGAUCACAUCUAAAGAUGGGGCUAUUGCUUUCUCUGCUGGCUACGAUGGCUGUCACAUACUAAAGAAGGAUAACAGCAAUAACUUGAAAGUCCGGGUAGAAGAACUAACAAGCAACGGAAGAGUUGUUGUCUCCCAUGAUAUCAACAUAAUAUGCCCCAAGCCACAAGAAUAUGUUCCAGCACCAGAGGACAACAUGCGUCAUGUGCCUCAGCCCCAGCCUGGCAUGGUGCACCCUCUGCCUCAUCCCCAGCCUGGCCUAGAGUUCCCACUGCCUCAGCCGUGGCCCAAUCAGGUGCGCCCACGACCUCAGCCCCAGCCUGGCCUAGAGCGUCCAGUGCCUGGCCUAAUACGCCCAGAGCCCCAGCCUGGCAUAGUACGCCCACAGCCUCAACCUCAGCCUGGCCAGUUGCGCCCGCAGCCCCGGCCUAAGCCCCAGCCUGGCUUAGAGCGUCCAGUGCCCGGCCUAAUACGCCCAGAGCCCCAGCCUGGUAUAGUGCGCCCACAGCCCCAGCCUCAGCCUGGCCUAGAGCGUCCAGUGCCUGGCCUAAUACGCCCAGAGCCCCAGCCUGGCAUAGUGCGCCCACAGCCUCAGCCCCAGCCUGGCUUAGAGCGUCCAGUGCCCGGCCUAAUACGCCCAGAGCCCCAGCCUGGCAUAGUGCGCCCACAGCCCCAGCCUCAGCCUGGCCUAGAGCAUCCAGUGCCUGGCCUAAUACGCCCAGAGCCCCAUCCUGGCAUAGUGCGCCCACAGCCUCAACCUCAGCCUGGCCAGUUGCGCCCGCAGCCCCAGCCUCAGCCCCAGCCUGGCUUAGAGCGUCCAGUGCCCGGCCUAAUACGCCCAGAGCCCCAGCCUGGUAUAGUGCGCCCGCAGCCCCAGCCUAAGCCCCAGCCUGGCUUAGAGCAUCCAGUGCCUGGCCUAAUACGCCCAGAGCCCCAGCCUGGCAUAGUGCGCCCACAGCCUCAGCCCCAGCCUGGCUUAGAGCGUCCAGUGCCCGGCCUAAUACGCCCAGAGCCCCAGCCUGGUAUAGUGCGCCCACGGCCUCAGCCCCAGCCUGGCCUAGAGCGUCCAGUGCCUGGCCUAAUACGCCCAGAGCCCCAGCCUGGCAUAGUGCGCCCACAGCCUCAGCCCCAGCCUGGCCUAGAGCGUCCAGUGCCUGGCCUAAUACGCCCAGAGCCCCAGCCUGGUAUAGUGCGCCCACAGCCUCAGCCCCAGCCUGGCCUAGAGCGUCCAGUGCCUGGCCUAAUACGCCCAGAGCCCCAGCCUGGCAUAGUGCGCCCACAGCCUCAACCUCAGCCUGGCUUAGAGCGUCCAGUGCCCGGCCUAAUACGCCCAGAGCCCCAGCCUGGUAUAGUGCGCCCGCAGCCCCAGCCUAAGCCCCAGCCUGGCUUAGAGCGUCCAGUGCCUGGCCUAAUACGCCCAGAGCCCCAGCCUGGCAUAGUGCGCCCACAGCCUCAGCCCCAGCCUGGCCUAGAGCGUCCAGUGCCUGGCCUAAUACGCCCAGAGCCCCAGCCUGGUAUAGUGCGCCCACAGCCUCAGCCCCAGCCUGGCCUAGAGCGUCCAGUGCCUGGCCUAAUACGCCCAGAGCCCCAGCCUGGCAUAGUGCGCCCACAGCCUCAACCUCAGCCUGGCUUAGAGCGUCCAGUGCCCGGCCUAAUACGCCCAGAGCCCCAGCCUGGUAUAGUGCGCCCGCAGCCCCAGCCUAAGCCCCAGCCUGGCUUAGAGCAUCCAGUGCCUGGCCUAAUACGCCCAGAGCCACAGCCUGGCAUAGUGCGCCCACAGCCUCAGCCCCAGCCUGGCUUAGAGCAUCCAGUGCCUGGCCUAAUACGCCCAGAGCCCCAGCCUGGUAUAGUGCGCCCACAGCCUCAGCCCCAGCCUGGCUUAGAGCGUCCAGUGCCCGGCCUAAUACGCCCAGAGCCCCAGCCUGGUAUAGUGCGCCCACAGCCUCAGCCCCAGCCUGGCUUAGAGCAUCCAGUGCCCGGCCUAAUACGCCCAGAGCCCCAGCCUGGCUUAGAACGUCCAGUGCCUGGCCUAAUACACCCAGAGCCCCAGCCUGGCAUAGUGCGCCCACAGCCUCAACCUCAGCCUGGCCUAGAGCGUCCAGUGCCUGGCCUAAUACGCCCAGAGCCGCAGCCUGGUAUAGUGCGCCCACAGCCCCAGCCUCAGCCUGGCGUAAUACAGCCUGGCCUAGUGCGCCCAUGGCCGCAGCCUCAGCCUGGCCAAGUGUACCCGCUGCCUCAGCCUCAGCCUGGGCAAGUGCAUCCACUGCCCCAGCCCCAGCCUCAGCCUGGCCAAAUACGCCCGCUGCCUCAGCCUCAGCCACAGCCACAACCCGGCCUAGUAUAUCCUGGCCUCAUGCACCCUUCUGGCCUCUACAGUAUAGGUUCUCCUCUAACCCAGGAGCAGUGCCAGGUUUCAUCUGGAAAGAUUCCCUGUGCAGGUUCACUAGGACAAGCUGAAUGUUACCAGACUGGAUGCUGUUACGAUGAGAGGGACCAAACUACUCCAUGUUACUAUGGCAACACAGUCACUGUCCAAUGUCUUCGAGAUGGCCACUUCAUUCUGGUUGUCUCCAGGGAUAUGUUGGACUACCCCAUCUUCCUUGACAAUGUCAAGCUGUCCUAUGCCCAAGGAGGAUGUGACCCUGUCAGGAAAACGGAUUCUUUCUUGGUCUUCCACUUCCCUCUCACACACUGUGGUACGACGAUUCAGAUGACUGGUGGCAGGCUGAUAUAUGAAAACCAGUUGGUUUCAGGCGUUGAUAUCUUAAGUGGGCCAGAUGGUUUUAUUACCCGGGACAGCACCUUCAUCCUCAAUACUCGCUGCAUCUACAAUGCCACCGAAUUCUUGCCAGUUCAGGUUGAAGUCUUCUUUCCUCCCACACCUGCUCCAGUUAUCCAGAUGGGGCCUCUCCGGUUUGAACUGCGCAUUGCUACAGACUACAGUUACAGCUCCUACUACUCGGAUGCAGACUAUCCUGUGGUGAAGAUACUGAGGGACCCUGUGUAUGUGGAGGUUCGCGUCCUGCAGAGAACGGACCCGUCCUUGGUUCUAGUUCUGCAUGAAUGCUGGGCUACUCCGACCGCUAACCCCCUUGAGCAGCCGCAGUGGCCAAUUCUGGUGGAUGGGUGCCCAUUUGAAGGCGAUAACUACAGAACCCAGAUGGUUCCUGUGGGGCCUGCCACGUCUCAGCUGCAUUUUCCAGACCACUACCAGCGUUUCACCAUUGCUACAUUUGCAUUUGUGGAUUCUGCCCAUUAUACGGUGCUGGAUGGAUUGGUGUACCUCUUCUGCAGCGUGUCUGUUUGCCACCCCUCUCACCUGCAGCCCUGCAGGAACACGUGUCAAAUGCCAGUGGCUGCAAGAAGUCGCCGGUUUUUGGAGACGGGCAAUGGGACAGAAACCUUGGACCUAGUAAGCACUUAUGGAGGUGUGAUCUUUCAAGAAAGCAGCCAGACUCAUGAUAAACAAGUCAAAUGGAAGAAAGACAGGAGCUCCAGUGGAGAUCUGGCCCUGAUAUGCUUGGUGGCACUGCCGUUAGUGGGUAUAAUCUUGUUUGUUGUUGUGAUCGUACUCUGGAAAAAGAGAAGCAGAGUGACAAAACUCUAGUACUGAUGGGAAAAUGCAUAGCAUUAAAAAGUUGUAAACUUUCA